UAUGUUAUUGCGGUCUCAACUCAUUGGCCGUCCUCAGUUGGGAAUUUUCCGAAGAAGUCACAUUUUACGGUCAAGGAGCUCGAGAAAUUCUGAAAUGGCACCUCCGAUCCUUUCCUUGGUUCUGCCCUCGGAGACCGGUCGAAUUCUCAGUAUUCAAUCUCACACAGUUCAGGGAUACGUUGGAAAUAAAUCAGCCGUCUUCCCUCUCCAACUAUUAGGCUAUGAUGUGGAUCCAAUUAAUUCAGUGCAAUUCUCAAAUCACACAGGAUACCCAACUUUUAAGGGCCAAGUUUUGAAUGGACAACAGCUAUGGGAAUUAAUAGAAGGUCUUGAAGCAAAUAAUUUAUUGUACUACACUCAUUUAUUGACAGGUUAUAUUGGUUCAGUUUCUUUUUUGAACACUGUAUUGGAAGUUGUGAAGAAGCUUCGUUCGGUAAAUCCAAAACUUACAUAUGUCUGUGAUCCAGUGAUGGGUGAUGAAGGAAAGCUCUAUGUCCCUCAAGAGCUGGUAUCAGUAUAUCGUGAGAAGGUUGUCCCAGUGGCUUCAAUGUUGACUCCCAACCAGUUUGAAGCAGAACAGUUGACUUGUUUCAGGAUUGGCUCUGAAAGAGAUGGCCGUGAAGCUUGUAACAUCAUUCAUGCCGUAGGACCAUCAAAGGUUGUGAUUACAAGCAUAAAUAUAGAAGGCAAUCUUCUCCUUAUUGGCAGUCAUCAGAAGGCAAAGGAUCAAUCUGCUGAGCAAUUUAAGAUUGUUUUCCCCAAAAUUCCUGCAUAUUUCACGGGAACAGGAGAUCUUACGACUGCUCUUCUACUUGGUUGGAGCAAUAAAUUUCCUGACAACCUUGACAAAGCAGCAGAGCUUGCAGUAUCAAGUGUGCAGGCACUUUUGCAGAGGACAGUGAAUGACUAUAGAAGCGCGGGACACGAUCCCCAAUCAAGCAGUCUGGAGAUUCGUUUGAUUCAAAGCCAGGAUGACAUUCGCAAUCCAGAAGUUAAAUUCAAAGCUGAAAAAUACAACUAAAGGGGUUAAAUGCUUUAGACCAUAUUUAAAAAUCAUGCUUUAUCUGAUACUAGUACCCAAUCUUUAGGUAUAUUUUAUAAAAAUAAAAUGUGGAUUUAUACACUUUUGUUUUUCCAUAAAUAAAAAGCAUUUUGUUUGUUUUC